AUGCCUUGUAAAGCUGAAGGCUUGGUCCUGACUGUGGAUCCCAACGUGAUUCACAAGGUCGACACAAACAACCCUCAGAACCUCUUUAGCAUGUGGACUGUCUUCUCUAGGUGUGCCGAUUCAGUUGAGCAAGGACGAAGAUUAGAAAACUUGAGCUGGAGGUUAUGGAAUAGGGAGACGUUCUGUUGUGAAGCCAAAGCACUACCUACAGUCAGCGCCGCCGCAUUACCAAAAGACAUCCCCGAGCAUCAAAGAAUACCAGAAGUUCCCCAACUAUCUGGAAGCGUCGAUUCGGUCGCCGACGAAGAAGCGAUCGAUUUUUCCACUAUCUCUGAACCCGUUGAGAUCCUACGACCUCGAAUUGUCCGACAGGACUCUUGUGCUAGCAGCCGAAGUAGAGGCCGAGAACGACAUAUUACAUCAGAUCACCUCGAGAAGAUGGUGGUUUCUAUUAUUCAAGAGAAGGAGCCGAACUUGGCGCCACUGCCGGAUAUGAGCUCACCUUCCAUCGAGUCAUCGGAUGCCGACCAGACCCAAUCGUCCCCAGAUGUAGAGCAGAUGCCUACCACCCCCAUCACCGAAUCCGCAAGCGAGUCGGUUAUUGCGCCAUGCCAAUUACCUUCACAAGCCGAGCUUACGGAAAUCCCUGCGACUACGGUCAUCCGAGGUUUCUCGCCGGCACAGACUUCGUCUUUCCAUUACUCGCAUGAGUCCAAGUCGAAAGCGCAAGACCCAAUCCCCGAGCCUCAGUCAUCUCCUGCUGCCAAGCCAGUCCAGCCUAAGAAGCGUCCGGCUUUGUUCAAGCUUGGUGACUCCUCUAGUAAUGAAUCUUCGCCUCAGAGCGUAGAGCCUCGCAAAGCUGUCCCUCAACCCGCCGCUGCUGCUAAAAAGCCUAUGUUCGACAUUGGUGUUAACUCUUCCGGAGAGGACGAGAGCCCAUCGCUAAAGAGCGCUAUGCACUCUUCUCGACAAGGUCCAAUGCUCAAUGCGCAAAAGAAGCAGACAUCGUUCCACAACCAAGUUAGCACACGAUUAAUACAGACGCCUAGUGAUCAGUCAGAUAGUUACAUGGACGAGAGUGCCAUUGACGACGAUGACGAGGACUCGGAGUGGGAAGACUCUAUUGAGGAGAGUGGCAAGUCUAGCGUUGAUGACGCAGUCACAUUCAAGCGCGUACCAUCGAAGGCGAAUCUCACCUCCCAAAGAUCGUUGAUCAGCCUUAUGUUCGCUGGACAAGAAGAGCGAGCUAAGGGGCUUAGCAACUACGCCUCUCACUCUACCCCAGCCAUCCCCCAACGCGCGCGAGCAUUACAAAACCCUUCUAACAUGAAUGUCGUGUCUUCCCCGAACGAUUCUGACAACGGUCUUGAGAUGAAGAGAGGCUUGCGAUCCACCCCAUUGAAGCCCAUCAACGAGAUUCCCCGAUCUACUGCGCAACCUAUCAUGGUCAACCCGCCAACCCAUAACCACCAAGCUGCUCUCUCGCCCAGAACGACUAGAAGGAAUAUGUUGGCUACUGAAUUGACUGAGUCGCUUCGCCGUCAGCUUCUCUGGGAACGACAACAGAAGUCGUCAACGGCUAAUGCCGUACUAAAAAGACGCCACACCGCUCUAGACGUUGCCAACCUAAAGCAGUAUCCCGAAAAGGCGUACAUGAACCAGGGCAAAGAUGAGCCCAACUCCAGCAGCUGGAACCAAUAUUUCAGCCGCGAAGACUUCGGCGGAUACCAUGCUCAAGGCUGGUGA